CACAAAUUCAGUUGUAGUAAUUUUUUUUCAGAAAAAGAAAGCCAUACCUUAAAUAAAAGGGCAAAAGUUAAAUAUCCCGGCGAGGAGAACUGAUUGGUUGCGAGAUCCACCGUUUAAUCCCAAACAAAACCUGAAACCACUUCUUCCUAAAACCUAGCCAGCCGCCGCCGCAGCAGCAGCAGAUGGCAUCGGAGGAGCGCCCCUCGCCGGUGCCCUCGGACGACACCACCACCACCACCGUCUCGGACGAACAUCUGAGUCCCCCGUCAUCACCUUCCACAACCUUCGACUCUGCUCCCGAAUCCGAUGUCUCCGCCGCGUCCUCGCUGCUCUCGGACGGCUCUUCAGGGCCCGAUCCCGAGCCCAUCGUUUCCAGAAAACCCCGCCCGCCACAGCGCUCUUGGCCGGACUCCGACGAGAUCGCGCUCCUUGAGGCCGUCGCGUCGCACCGGAAGAAGCACGGGCGACUUCCGUCGCCCGAUGAGCUCGCCGCCGCGCUGCGGGGCCGCAUCUUCUCGGAGGAGCGCCUCACCGCCGAGCAGGUAGCCAAGCGGCUGCUCGCGCUUCGCACGCGGUACGGCAACGCCGCUAUCCGCCUCAAACGCGGCAUAAUCCCCGCGAAGGAUAGCGACCUCACCAUCUACAGGCUCUCCAAGCUCAUCUGGGCGGACACGCGCAAGGGGAAGAUGGAGAAGAAGACCCGUGCGCCCGACGCGCGCGAGGACCCAAGGGGGUUUGACGAGCUGACCGAGCUGUACCCUUGCCUCUCCGCGGAGGCGGAGGCGAUUGAUGCGAGGUGCGGCUACGGGUCGCUGAAGAGGGCGUUCGGGCGCAUCGGUGACGACACGGCGGCGCGGCUGGAGGCGAAGCUGAAGAGGCAGCGGGUGGCAGAGGCAAGGCAGAGCGCAAAGCUUGACCGGCUGAGGACCGACGUUGCCAAUGCGCUUCAGAAAUUUAUCAAGUGAAUGAAUUGGUGGAUUUUGUUGAAGGAAGAUGUGGACGUCUGGAGGAUUAUGACACGCGCCAAGUGAAAGUGGCUUUAAUAUUUUGUCCAGGAAAGGAAGCUACAUAACAUGUAGGACUUGCUAUGAUAUUCUGGUUGCUUAGUUCUUAGAGUUGAGUUCUGCUAGUGGCUGUUCCUAUCUCUUGCUGUUUGGAUGUUUGCCUCUAGCUUUCUUGCCUGUGUUGCGCUUCCCUUUAAGGGCUUGUUUGGAAACAUAGCAAUCCCCUUCAAUCCAUACGUAUUGGAAGGGAUUGUGGUGGAAAAUAAGUUCAUUUUCCACACUAAUCCAUAUGGAUAGGGAGGGAUUGAGUUUAUCCAAGCAAGCCCUAAGUUGGAAUCCCAGCAAUAUAGUUUUAAGAGCUCAUUUUAUGGCCAUC